UCUACCUUCUUCUAUCUAAAGAAAGUCUUUACACAGAGAACCAAAAGAAAAAUAAAGAGAAAAGAACCAAAAAAAUAAAAAAGCCUUUAAAUUUGUAAAUUUAGAAUAAAUGGAAGAACAUCUAAAUCCAUUAGCAGUGACUCAUCUUCUUCAACACACACUAAGAAGCUUAUGCAUCCAUGAGAAUUCUCAAUGGGUUUAUGCUGUCUUCUGGAGGAUCUUGCCCAGAAACUAUCCACCUCCCAAAUGGGAUGGUCAAGGAGCUUAUGAUAGAUCAAGAGGGAACAGGAGAAACUGGAUCUUGGUUUGGGAAGAUGGGUUUUGCAACUUUGCAGCUUCUGCCGCGGACAUGAGCUCCGGAGAAUGUAGUGGCGGCGGCGGUGGCUCAACGGGCUAUGGAAAUAGUGAUUUUCAACAAUACCAAGGGCUUCAGCCUGAGUUGUUCUUCAAGAUGUCUCAUGAAAUCUACAAUUACGGAGAAGGGUUGAUAGGAAAAGUAGCUGCAGAUCACAGUCACAAGUGGAUUUAUAAAGAACCUAAUGACCAAGAGAUUAACUUCUUAUCUGCUUGGCACAAUUCUGCUGACUCAUACCCUAGGACAUGGGAAGCUCAGUUUCAGUCUGGUAUCAAAACCAUUGCCUUGAUUUCUGUUCGAGAAGGUGUUGUCCAGUUAGGAGCUGUUCACAAGGUGAUAGAGGAUUUGAGCUAUGUUGUGAUGCUAAGAAAAAAGCUGAGCUAUAUAGAGAGCAUCCCUGGAGUACUACUUCCUCAUCCUUCUUCUUCUGGUUACCCUUUCAUCAACACUUCUCCUUCUGACACGUGGCAUUUUCCGGGAGUGGCUCCUCCGCAGCAUCAGCAGCAUGAACACCAGUUUUACCACUCUGACCACAACCACCGCUUCUUGAUGGGCCAUCACAACCAGCCACAAGCUGUAGGAGCGGCUGCUCCACCUCUACCGAUUUCGAUGAAGAUAACGCCGUCGAUGAGUAGCCUCGAGGCGCUUCUCUCAAAGCUUCCAUCGGUUGUACCUCCGGCAACGCAGCCAGGGUACUACCCGUUUCACCACAGUGCUAAAGAAGAAAUGAGUCAAGAAGAACAAAACGAUGCGUUUAGGGUUGAACGUAAUGAUUUGGUGGUGACGUAGUACGUUGUUUUAACGGUACUUGUGUUAAAAAUGUUGCAGAUUCCAUGUCUUGAACAAAAUAUUACGUAAAAU